AAAGGGGAAGUUGCGAGAGAAAAGAAAGGUGGAGACUUGAUCGUGGUUCGUAAAAUCCCCAUUAACCGACCCCAAUAAUAAGGAGAAUAUUUCUCAAAUAUUACCACCUCUUCGCUGGAAAUCACUUUACGCAACCUAUCGGCUGGCAUUCAGGUAUCGUAUCCAGUACUGGGACGGCUCUCCGAGUGUGUGUGACCACCUAAAGGAGACGGGGUGAUUGACAACUGUCAUGGCCAAUAGGGGAGGAGCAACACGCCCCAACGGGUCCAACGUGGGAAAUAAGAUAUGCCAGUUCAAACUGGUCUUGCUAGGAGAGUCCGCUGUGGGAAAGUCCAGCCUUGUGCUGCGCUUCGUCAAGGGGCAGUUUCACGAGUUUCAAGAGAGCACAAUAGGAGCGGCCUUCUUAACACAGACAGUGUGCUUGGAUGACACAACGGUAAAGUUUGAGAUUUGGGACACAGCUGGACAAGAGCGCUACCACAGUUUGGCCCCCAUGUACUACAGAGGUGCCCAGGCUGCCAUUGUAGUUUACGACAUCACCAAUGAGGAGUCGUUUGCAAGAGCAAAGAACUGGGUUAAGGAGCUUCAGAGGCAGGCCAGCCCAAACAUUGUCAUCGCACUGUCCGGUAACAAGGCUGACCUUGCCAACAAGAGAGCUGUGGACUUCCAGGAUGCUCAGUCUUAUGCAGAUGACAACAGUUUGCUGUUCAUGGAGACAUCAGCAAAGACUUCCAUGAACGUGAAUGAGAUCUUCAUGGCAAUUGCUAAAAGAUUGCCUAAGAGUGAGCCCCAAGCUGCCGGAGCCAGCAGUGGGCGGAGUAGGGGCGUGGACCUCACAGAGACAGCCCAACCCACUAAGGCCCCCUGCUGCAGCAAUUAAUGCAAAAAACAAAACAAAAACUCUGUUACUGCUACAACUAACGCAAGGUCCCUCCCUUCAACUUGGUUUUUGACUAACUAAUGAAUUGCCUCUGCUUUCCCCAUUUCCACAACUAUCUUAAGCGGUAACAAAAGCUCUGCCCCGCCCAUGUAUCUGCGGUGUUUUUGUUUUGUUGUAUUUCAAGCCUCUUACUGUAUUCAUGCUUAAGACAUGCCUUGCCUCCAAACUGUAAUAUAUGCUGUCACAGAUAUCCAUCAGAAAAAAAAUUCUCCAAAUGCCAUUUGCCUGACCAGGACAAAGGGGGUGGGGCCUCUGCAAGGGUUCAUCUACCCUGUAAUAAUUCAAAACUCUACAGUCUUUUCUUUUCUGUUUCAUCUUUUUAUGAUUUUGUUUUAUAGACAUGUAAUAAUGGAUGCAUGUAUCACUACAAAGCCUAAAAAAAGGUAAAUCAACAUUUUAACCUUAUCCAAUGGCACACACGGUAAAAGAGGAUUUGACAUAUUACCCUGCCCCUUACUCCACCCUGUCUCGAUUCCCUGCUCUUGCUCUUUCUUUGGCCCGCCCGAAUGUCUCCACGGCACUGUGCAAUGGCAGACUGCCUACUUCCUGAUGCUGCGCAGCCAAUAAAAAGCCCACCUCCUUCUUAACCCACACACACAAAUCCAAGAUCCUGCCCCCUUGUUAUUUUCUCACCAUUUAGCAAGCCAUCCCAUUUUUCUCCUUAUUACUGGCACAGUCCUUAUAAAUGAGUGCGUGUGGCUGCACUUGCACAUAAGAGCAUAAAAGGCUUACACAAGGAUGUGAUGUUAAUUUAGUCAUUUCACACACCCCGUCUACAUUCAAGAUUAGAAAUUUCCCCUCCACAAACAUGCACCAAACAUUUUCAGGUGUUUCUUACUUCAUGCCUUGCACUAAUUUUUGGUCUCGAUAUUAUCUCUUGCAAGUAUAGCCAGAGUGAUAUAAAUAUAUAUAAAUAAUUUACUGUAAAUAGGGUGUUGCAAUGUAUUCGUCUUUUCCAUUUACUGUUGCAGGACUAAUGCUUGAUAUUAGGGAUUUAGAUAAUCAUUAAAAAUUGUACAGUAACCAGGAAUGGCUUUGAUAGGGGUUCGGAGUUUUGUUUCUUUUUUCACAAAAUGGUUAAAUUAUAAUCUUGGUGGUCUUAUAAAAAUGUAUGUAGUGUUAUUAACCAAAAAAAAAAAAAAAAAAAAUGCUUUUCUUUAGUGGUCUUUUUUUGUUAUUUCCAUAAAGCAAAAAACUUUCACAAUGUUUUUGUCACUGGUAAAACAAACAGUGUACAGAUCAAGAGCAAAUGAUGGUUCUUCCUUCGCUUGUUCCAGUAUCAAACAACAUCCACUUUUAACAUUCUCUCAAUAUUCUACCCUUCAGGAUACUGGUACCACAUAAAUAUGCUGCUACAAAGUUUUUGUCUUUUUGUUUUAAAGUCAUCCCCUUUGAAAACAAAAAUGCAGUUACCUUAAUAUUACUGUUGAUGUAUCAAAUAAAUUUCUUAUAAAUAAUAUUGAUAAUAUUAUGUGUUCAGAGGGCCAAAUUAACUUUGUCUUAUCACUGAAUGGAAUUCCCAUUACAGUGCAGAUUCAUGUGUAAUAGCUUUUGUUUGUCAUAAUUACACAAUUGCCUGUAUUUUAUUUAUUGCUGACAGAUAAUCAGUAUUUAGGUCUUUAAACAUACAUCUGAAGUUAAACGUACAUGUAUACUAAUAAGAAAACAACUACCAAAAGAAAACCAAUUUUUACUUAAAUGGAUGGUUCUCCCCAAAAUGAAAUUUCU